AUGGCCGCCAUCGCUUCUGAAUACCUGGCAGAUGUGCUGGAGCCCGAGAAAUUCGCGGCGGCCAUCUUUGGCGUCACGCUCGCUUUUACCGUCCUCUCAACGAACACUGUUGGUCUGCGUGCCUGGAUCCGACUGAGAAAGAAACAAUUUGGCAGUGACGACUACCUGAUGUGCACGGCGCUGGUCGUCAACUUGGUACAUAACAGCAUGGUGAUGCAUGGGACGUUCGUCGGAAUUGGGUCACCAGAUUCAAAACUCAACCCUGAGUUGGACGCAGAGGGCAGAAAGUACCUCUUCCUGUGGCAGAUCUUCUAUGCCAUCAACCUAGUCUUCAUCAAGACCAGCAUUCUCACCACUCUCAAGGGCAUCGCCAAGGCAAAGCGGUACAUCUUUUCCAUCUGGGGCCUCAUCGUGGUCGUGAGCAUUCUGAGCAUCGCCGGCUUCAUCACGCUGCUGGCCAAAUGCAGGCCCAUCGAGUCAAACUGGACAGGCAACGGCACAUGCAUCGACUCGGACGUCUUUGUUGCCCUCUCUAAGACGGCCUAUGCCUUUGACGUACUGUCUGAUCUUGCAAUGGCCACCAUCUCGACGCUUCUUCUGUGGACCCCUCAGAUGCGCCUCAGGUCGAAGGUUCUGACAGUGGCGGCUUUGGGUCUUGGUGUAGUUGCCUCUAUGGCAUCCCUGAUUCGCACAAUUUAUGCCGAUGCGUACAGCUCGGAUGACAACUACCUAUUCAACACAGGCAAGAUCGUUCUCUGGACAGUAGUAGAAUGCGGAAUAGGUAUCAUCGCGGGGUCGCUUCCGAUGCUGGGCCUCUUCCACGAGUCCCGGAAGAUAGAGAAGAAGUGGGAAGAGCUGGAACUGCAGCAAAGCCAAGUCGACUUGACGAAGUUAACCCCGACCCACUCAAGGGCUGGAAGAGUUUGA